AUGUCGGUUUGCCUGUGGGUGCGAUGGGAUAACGUCGCUCACAAACAGUUUUGUUUACCGUCGUGUGCGAAAGUGCAUGUAUUUUUUCGUUACUCCGGUAAAAUUUAUGGAAAAUGUUCCGCCGGUACCGGUUUUCACAGAUUUCGCGUGCUUUAUUAGAAGCCUCACGUAAUUAUGCGGGUGUGCAUCAAAAAGCUCCCAACAUUAGGCUUCCGCCCAGUCGAAUAACUGAAUUGAAGGAAAAGUUGAAUCUCAGUCCAGUACUGUCAGCUGCGGAGUGGGGCAACAUCCGGAAGGGGAUCCUGGAUGAACGUCGUUUCAAUGAAACCAAUGUAGACAGCACAGUUCUGGGGAUGUGCGUUGGGUUGGAAAGUGGAAAAUCAUAUGUAAAGUUUUUGCGGGAGAACGGAGUAGAAAUGAACUUGGCCACGGUUGGAAAACUGCUACGUUUAUAUCGGACGGAACAUAGUGAGGGAGUUGAAUUGAAUGAGGAACAUCGGCAGGAAAUUGUGAAGUUCUAUGAAGAAUUACACAAGAAAAAUGCAAUGUUGGAUGCGAAUACUUGUGAACAUUUGGUGGCAGCCUUGACACUAACGGAUCACUGGCGAGUGUCCUUCGAACUGCUUGAUAUGAUUAAACUAAGCGGAAUACCAGACGGGGCCACUUUUAGUUACCUGAUUGAGAAGUGUUUUCAAAUCGGUGAUGUUGAUGUCGGAUGGGAAUUGCUAGAAGAAAUGACCUCCCAUAAACGGCUGCCCAAGGAUGAUGUAUUUUUGGCAUGGAUUGCAUACAGUUUGAAGGAUCCAAAUUGUUUCAAACAAAACAUGAUUAAAAUGUUAUCCUUCACUAAUGCGAAAUCACUAUUCCUAUCUAAAAGAAUCGGCCAAACUCUAGUUCAAAUCCCGACAAAGUAUGGACUCCGCGCUGUAGAAACCCGAGUUACAGAGAAAGGCAAAUGCUCUAGUUGUAAGUCCACUUUGGCCAGUAUUGUUGUUCCAGAUGACAUGUUUAGCGCCCUUCGGGAUGCAUUUAUUCAAGCUGUGAUAAUCAAAAAGGAGAUCUUUAACAAAACCACUCCCAAAGAGCUAGAACGCUUUCAGAUGUUCCUGAAGAAGACAAAACCAUACGACGUCGUCAUCGAUGGUCUGAAUGUGGCUUUCUCCACGGGGAAUCAAAAGUCACCGGCCGUCUACGCCAUGCAAAUUGCCUCCGUGGUAAAACACUACGUCCGCCAGCGUAAACGAGUUCUGGUUAUCGGCCGGCAACACAUGGACCGGUGGCGAUCCAAAGACAUGAAGUACAUUCGGGAGAAUGCGUUUCUAUUUCUAACCGAAGACCUCUCGCAGGACGACCCGUUUCUGUUGUACGCGGCGCUGGAGAGUGGUCCCCACACGGACUUCUUUUCGCGUGAUUUGAUGCGGAGGCAUUCGUUCCUGCUGGGCGAUGAACUGGGCGGGGUGUUCAAGCGAUGGCAACAGGAGCACCAAUAUUCGCUCUUGUCGAUCACGAAUGAUGGAAGGGUGAUCAUCAAUUCACCGUUUCAGUACGAUAUGUUCGCGCAUUGUUCGCCGGAGAAUGCGAACCGGUGGCAUGUGCCUUUGGUGGAAAAUUCGGUGAAGAUACCCAAAGUGGAGAAGCAAGCUUGUUGGCUGUGUGUGGAGUUUGAAUAAGAGAAAUUUAUGUACUGUUUUGGGGAAAACAUUCAAA